CGCGGCGCCCUGAACUGGCCAUGGAAUAGAGCAUUCUCUCUCUCUCUCUCUCUCAAGAAGAGAGAGAAGCUGAGGAGAGAAACAGAGAGAUGGGGAUACAGGGUCUUUUGCCGCUGCUGAAGUCGAUCAUGACGCCGAUCCACGCGAAGGAGCUGGAGGGCUGCGCCGUCGCUGUCGACGUCGACACCUACUCCUGGCUCCACAAAGGCGCCCUCUCCUGCAGCAAGGAGCUCUGCAACGGCGUGCCCACCACCAGGCACAUUGAAUACUGCAUGCACAGAGUGAAUUUGCUCCGGCAUUAUGGGGUUAAACCAGUUCUUGUUUUUGAUGGAGGUCUCUUGCCGAUGAAGAUUGAACAGGAGAACAAGCGUGCAAGGUCCAGGAAGGAAAAUCUCGCUCGUGCUAUUGAGCAUGAGUCAAAUGGAAAUCGUGCUGCUGCUUAUGAGUGCUAUCAGAAAGCAGUAGACAUCACACCUUCCAUGGCACAUGAGCUAAUCCAGGUCUUAAAGCAGGAGAACAUUUCUUAUGUUGUUGCCCCUUAUGAGGCGGAUGCUCAAAUGACUUUCUUGGCAGUUAGUAAACAGGUCGGUGCUGUAAUUACAGAGGACUCGGAUCUUAUACCGUUUGGCUGUCCCAGAAUAAUCUUCAAAAUGGACAACUUCGGGCAAGGUGUUGAGUUCCAAUACUCCAAGCUACAACAGAACAGGGAACUCAGUUUUGCUGGAUUUACUAAGCAGAUGGUUCUUGAGAUGUGCAUCUUGAGCGGUUGUGACUACUUGCAAUCACUCCGCGGCAUUGGUCUGAAAACAGCACAUGCCCUCAUUAAAAAGUUCAAAACAUAUGAUAAGGUAAUUAAGCACUUGAAAUAUACCAGCUCGGUUCCUCCAACUUAUGAACAAUUAUUCCGAAAGGCCAUUUGGACUUUUCAGCAUCAAAGGGUCUAUGAUCCAAUUAGCAAAGCCAUUGUACAUCUAAUGGAUAUAUCAAAUGUUGCUGAUGAUGAGCUCGAGUACUUAGGACCACCGAUACCGCAACAUGUGGCCAGAGGUAUUGCAGAAGGUGAUCUUGAUCCAGUUACCAAAGUUCCAUUUCAGGGCAGGGAUGUUAGUGCCAUUGUGAUUGACAAAACACAUUAUACGAAACUUUUCAAGCCAAAAGAUGAAAAGAAGAAGCUAGACUUACCUGCACAGAAGAAUGUCCUGACAAAAUAUUUUUGCUCUGCAUCUCUCGAAUCGAAGAGAGAUUUCAAGGCUCCUCGGACUACCUCCAACCAGUCAAGUCCAGUGGAUGACCUUUCUCAGAGUUCCAGUGGACACAACUCCGAGGAGGCUGUGGCUGAUAUGAACCAUUGUCAUUGGUCUCAGCUACAUGAAGAAGAAGAUGGUUUCGCACAAGAAGUUCCAGACGCAGCAGAAUUGAUGGAAAGUGGUGCAUUGGAUGAGGUUGGAAGACGAGGACCCUCAUUACUACAACAAUCCAGGCUUCCAAUUCAUAAACCUUGUGUGUCAUUCAAGGAGCAUCAACCCAAAAGCCCUGUAAACAGAGUUGAUGAAAAAACAAGAAGAGAGUGCAAAAAGCCCAUUGUAAGGAGUUCCUACUUUAAGCAUCAGUUUUUGAAUGAAACUGAUACAGACAAGGAGAAAGAAACUACCCCCGGUUGGAAGUACCCAACAAGUAUAGGUGAGACCGAAUGUGUGAAAGGAAUGAUCAUAAAAAAUAAUACCUACGCUGAUGACACAGUCGAAAAUGUAGGUGUAAACAGCAUUGAGGAAAAAACAAGAAGAGAAAACAGAGAGGUUAUUGUAAGGAGCUCUUAUUUCAAGCAUCAUGCUGUGAAGGAAACUAAUAGAGAUGAUGGAAAGGAAAAUACCCUGGUUAAAGGUGAUCAUCCAAUCAGUCUAGGUGAGACUGACUUUAUGAAGCGAGUGAUCAUGAAGGGGAAAACCUCUAUUGAUGUCAUGUCGGAGAAAGGUGUAAACAGAAUUGAGGACGAAGCCAGAAGAGAGAACAGGAAGUUUAUUAUAAGGAGUUCCUAUUUCAAGCAUCAGUCUGCAAAUAAUACUGACAAAGAUGAUGAAAAAGAAAACAUCCCUGUUGAAAGUGAUCAUCCGAUCAGUCUAGGCAAGACUGGCUUUCUGGAAGGAAGGAUCAUCAAGAGGAAAGCCUCCCUAGAUGGCACAGUGGAAAAAGAGAGCUCAAAACAAAAGCAUAUGCAUGUGGAUGAUUCUCUUGUCAAUGAUGGUACCUGUGCCCCUGGAUUAGACAAGUCAUUCACUGGUUCUGAAGGAAAAUUUGGAGCUGACAUCUCCCAUUUAGGCCGCUAUUCUGAAAUAGCAGAAAGUUCAUUAGAGAGAUUCGUCUCAGUAAUAUCGUCAUUUAGAUUCACUGGUUCUGGUUCUCGUGCCAGUGGUCUCCGUGCUCCUUUGAAGGAUGUGCACAACGCAUGUAUGAAUAGUAGGUCAACUACUGCCCCAGAUUUCAGUCAAUUUGCAUAUGUGGCCAAGAGCAGGAAGCCCGUGAUUCCAACCCGCAGGAGUUGAUUGUGUGCAGUAUAUUUCGAUGUAGAUAGAUGCAUCUGCUGAACUCCUAGUCAAAACAAUGGUUGCCACCUUCAUGGUUCCCAGGGUUGAUCCAGUAACAUGUUCUGCGCGAGUCGAAAUCAUCAAUGACGUUGCUAUCCCUGCGACUCAUGUCCAUCAUCUUCGAUACCGUUGAUCAAGAUGUUACUCCCUCAUUUCAAGGCGGUGGAGGGGCCACAUUAAGUUUGAUUGAUUUUGGGGGAAGGAGAUCCAUUUCAUCAGGUCGAACUAGCAUGCUAAAAUUGCUAGAGACCUCUUGUUUAUUUUUGAUUUCUGGAUCACUUUGAUUGGAAUUAUCUUUGGAUUUCAUUCCGGAAAGGCUCAAAUACAGAGUUCUGAUGGACUGGGUUACAUUUUGCUUUCCCGGUUGCGAGGGGCAAUGUGGGAUUCACAAUCACAUAGUAUUAUGUGAUGCAAUUUUGCAGGGAAUUGUUUUGUGGAAUGUGUAAAUGAUCCAGAC